UCUUGUAAUUUAUACGUUAACCUUAUAAUACUUAUAAUAUUGUAAAUGUAGCCAUCCAGGUCUUUUCUUGUUUUCUGUCGUAGUGCACUGUUUGCAUGGAGGCAGUGUUAUUCCGUGUCUUGCUCCAUUUGUGACAGUUGAUUAAAAAGGAGUUUUUGGGUGUACCUUCUGCCUGUCUGAACCAGUGUCCUGCACCAUGUUCACACUGGUGGAAAUGGUUGACACUGUCCGCAUCCCACCCUGGCAAUUCCAGAGCAGACUGAAUGAUGCUAUUGUGGAGGAAUUAAACAAGAAGUUGGCAAAUAAGGUUGUAUUUAAUGUUGGUCUAUGCGUCUGUUUAUAUGAUAUCACCAAACUGGAGGAUUCGUUUAUCUUUCCUGGUGAUGGUGCUUCACAUACCAAAGUUCACUUCAGAUAUGUCGUGUUUCGACCCUUUCUGGAUGAGAUCAUUGUGGGGAAGAUCAAAUGCUGCAGUCAAGAAGGAGUACACGUGAGCCUUGGCUUCUUUGAUGACAUUGUGAUCCCACCUGAGUCGUUGCAGCAGCCAGCAAAGUUUGAUGAAGCAGAACAGGUGUGGCUGUGGGAGUAUGAAACUGAUGAGGGGGCUCAUGACCUUUACAUGGACCAUGGUGAGGAGAUCCGUUUCCGCAUUGUGGAUGAGGUUUUCAUUGAUACUUCUCCUACGGGCCCAAGCACUGCAGCUAAUUCAACGACUGCAAAAAGUACUGGGACUGACACAAAAGAAGAGCAACCACAGAAGGAAGCCCCAUACACUCUUAUAGGCUCCAUCAGUGAACCAGGCUUGGGUCUCCUGUCAUGGUGGACAAGCAACUAACUUGAAAGAUCUGUGUGUUUCAUAUGAUGAUCUGAACAGUUGAGGGCCAACGGAGACCAUGUAGCUCUGUGGUUUUGUUAAGCAGCUCUCGUGUGUGGGGGGAAAAAAAAGGCAACUAUAUUUUUUCCACUUCGAAUAAUUGUAAAAUGUUUCCUACCCUUGAAGGUGAGUCGACUGCUUAGCCUUGUGCAUUUAGAGCAAGAAACCAAGAAAAUUUGCCCUUCUAACCAGAAGUGUCACAUAAUAAGACAUUUUUGAUACAUGGGAUAGGGAUUUUUGUUUUGAGAAACUGCUAGAAUUAUGAUGCUUGGUUAUCUUGAAACAAGAUCCUCAAACAAGCUUUACCUCAAAUGCUUGUGGUCAAGUAUUCAAAAUGGCAUUGGCCAAAAAAGGUUCUCUGUCCACUUUUCAAAAGUUGGGGAUAUUAUUAACUUGUGUUAAAAUUUAACUUGUAAAAAAUCAUAACUUGCCUGUGUUUUGAAGAAUAAAGACUGCUGGUUUUCUGUG